CGACGAUGUAGCUCUUUUUAAAGGGUGUAGUGGCGUAUUAAGACCAGUUACAAUUUAUUUUUGAAAAAGUUGACUGAAAACUCUCGAAAAUGUCGCGUGAAAGGUCCUCCUCCCGUCGCUUCUACCGUGGCGAGUCCUACAGCAACCUUAUGGCCUGCAUGGACCGAGGCAUGGUAGCCGAAGAAGAAAACAGAUGGACGUUCGAAAUCGCCUGGGAAGCCGCCAACAAAGUCGGAGGUAUUUACACAGUAAUCCGCUCCAAAUCCUACGUCUCGACCGAAGAAAUGGGGGACCAGUACUGCCUCAUCGGCCCUUAUAAAGAAUACUGCGCCCGAACAGAAAUCGAAGAGGGCCCCCUGGGCUCCGACCCGCUCAACGAAGCCGUCCAGUACAUGCGCGAAAAGGGGUUCAAGGUGCACACGGGCCGCUGGCUGGUCGACGGCAACCCCCAGAUCAUCCUAAUGGACAUCGGCUCGGCGGCCUGGAAGCUAGACGAAUAUAAAGCCGAGCUGUGGGACAAGUGCAAUGUGGGGGUGCCGCAUCUGGAUGUCGAAGCCAACGAUGCGAUCAUUCUGGGGUACAUGGUGGCGGAUUUCGUUGGCGAAUUUAGGGAGUGUGCCGAGAGGUUCGGAGAGGGGACUGCGGCCAAGGUGGUGACCCACUUCCACGAGUGGCAAGCGGGAGUUGGGCUGAUUGUCUUGAGGAUGAGGCACGUGAACGUGGCCACGGUGUUCACCACGCAUGCUACAUUGCUGGGGCGGUAUUUGUGUGCCGGGAGCACGGAUUUCUACAAUAACAUGGAUAAGUUUAGUGUGGAUGAGGAGGCGGGCAAGAGGCAGAUUUACCAUAGGUAUUGUUUGGAGAGGGCGGCUAGUCAUUUGGCGCAUACUUUUACCACCGUUUCGGAUAUUACAGGUUUCGAAGCGGAGCACCUCCUCAAACGCAAACCCGACGUCAUCACCCCCAACGGCCUCAACGUGAAAAAAUUCUCCGCCCUCCACGAAUUCCAAAACCUGCACGCCCUCUCGAAAGACAAAAUCCACGAAUUCGUCCGCGGCCACUUCUACGGCCACUACGACUUCGACCUCGACAAGACCCUCUACUUCUUCAUCGCCGGUCGCUACGAAUUCGGCAACAAAGGUGCCGACAUCUUCAUCGAGGCCCUGGCCAGACUCAACCACUACCUGAAGUCCACCCAUCCCGACGUCACGGUGGUGGCCUUCCUCAUCUUCCCCGCCAAAACCAACAACUUCAACGUGGAGUCGCUGCGAGGCCACGCGGUGACUAAGAGUCUGAGGGACACCAUCAACGACAUCCAGAAUAAGAUCGGUAAACGCAUGUACGAGAUUUGUUUGAAUGGGCGUUUACCUGUGGGGGACGAGCUGCUGCAGAAGGAGGAGCUAGUGAGGCUGAAGAGGUGUAUCUUUUCGUUGCAGCGGGACGGGCUGCCGCCUGUCACCACCCAUAAUGUGGUGGAUGACUGGAGCGACCCGGUUUUGAACAGCGUGCGGAGAUGUAACUUGUUUAACACGAAGCACGAUAGGGUGAAGAUUGUGUUCCAUCCGGAAUUUUUGAGCUCGACCAAUCCGCUGUUUGCGCUGGAUUAUGAGGAGUUUGUGAGGGGGUGCCACUUGGGGGUGUUCCCGAGUUACUAUGAGCCGUGGGGUUACACUCCGGCGGAGUGUACAGUGAUGGGUAUUCCUAGUAUAACUACGAAUUUGUCAGGGUUUGGGUGCUUCAUGCAGGAACAUAUAGCGGAUCCUAUGUCUUAUGGUAUUUAUGUGGUGGAUAGGAGGUAUAUUUCUUUAGAGGCGUCGGUGCAACAGUUGGCGCAUUUUAUGUACGACUUUGCGAAGCUGAAUCGAAGGCAGAGGAUUAUACAGAGGAACAGGACGGAGAGGUUGAGUGAUAUGUUGGAUUGGAGGAGUCUGGGGGUGUAUUACAGGCAAGCUAGACUGCGCGCUCUGAAGUCGGUCUUCCCCGACUACAACGAAGACGAGUACAACGGAAUUGGCACACUCAAGUAUCCCAGACCCAUAUCGGAACCACCGUCGCCCACUUCCAGUAAAAUGACGACUCCGGCAGCCUCACUUCAUGGAAGCGACGACGAAAGCGAUUCGAUCGAUGAAGAGAAGGAGUUGGCAGAGUUGCAGAUCAACCAUCGUUAACGAAAUUUUUUAUUAAGACUUGGAACUAAUACUCUCUGAAAGCAGCGUGCAAUUUUUUAAGAGAUAUAGUCAACUGUUGGAAUAUUUUAGUUUAAUAUUUUAGUUUUAUCGAUUGUUAAGUACCAGAAUAAAAGACGAUUUAUCGAUGGAA